AGAAAAACGCGUUAGUGCCAAGCUCUCCACAAAGGAUGGUCGCACCCAAGAAAUAUUUUUUACACACACAGGCGCAGCUUCGUGUGGAUUUUUUCAUCGGAAAAUUUUCCAGAAAGUACGCUAGAAAAUUACGAAAAAAUCGUAAUCAAAUGAAGUGAAAAUUUUUUUUUAAUUAUCUAUUAUCGCGUAUUAGUGAAAGAGGCUUUUUUCGCUGAAAAAAUUCGACCCCAAAGGUGCCCAAAGUAUUUUUUCAAUUGAGCCAAAUGGGUGCGAAGCUGACGACGUAAAAAUUUUUGUGUGUAUCAACGAAGGAGAGGUGAAAACGGACGGCGCGAGAGCGCAAAGCGGAGAGAGCAAGAAGAGGAAGCAGAGCCAGCAACAGCGCAAGUCAAGAGUUUUCCAUUUGCGAGUGUGUGUUUAUUAGGGUGUGCUGUGUGCGUGCGCGCUGAGGGAAAAUGAUGGAAAAUUACGAGGAAAUUCGCCUGGGCCACAUGAAUGCCAAAGAUUUGGGCGACAUUGCCGAAGUCCAGAUGCAAACCAACCCCGACUUCUUUCAACCGAGAGAAUUUGAUUUUGGCGCCGAAAUUCUAGACACAACGUCAACAUCAUCGACGACCGUCGUAGCAACAGCAACAGAAACAACAGUUGCGCCAAUAGCAACAAGAAGCGAAGUGCCAGGCAAAGCAAAUGCUGAAAUCAAAACAAAAACAUUGGCCGUCAGAGAAGAAGAACAAGACGACGAAAUUGGCGCCAUUUCGGAAGAUAUGCCAAAAAAUCCAUCCCCCCACAAGUCCAGGGAGGAGGGUCCAGUUGCCUCCAACUCGGAGGGUGAAGAGGACGAGGAGGACGACGACGACGAGGACAUGGACGAAGGGGACGAGGUGGACUCCAACGAGGACUCCAGCUCGGAUUGUUCCUCGUCCGCGGGACCCGGCGAUUGGAAAAUGCGUUGGCUCCAAAGGGAGUUCCUGACCGGACGGGUGCCCCGCCAGGUGAUAGCCAGCAUCAUGCCCCACUUCGCCACUGGACUAGCACCAGACACCGAUGACUCGGUGCUGUGGGACUACCUGGUCCACCUGUUGAACGAGCCGAAGCGCCGGAACAAGCUCUCGGAUGUCAACACCUUCGACGACGUUAUCGACUUGGUCAAGAAAUCGCAGAAAAUCAUCGUGCUGACAGGAGCGGGUGUGUCCGUGUCCUGUGGCAUUCCCGACUUCCGUUCCACGAACGGCAUAUACGCCAGGUUAGCUCACGAUUUCCCCGACCUUCCCGAUCCCCAGGCUAUGUUCGACAUCAAUUACUUCAAAAGGGAUCCUCGGCCGUUCUACAAGUUCGCUCGCGAGAUAUAUCCGGGGGAGUUCCAGCCCUCGCCAUGCCAUCGGUUCAUCAAGAUGCUGGAGACGAAGGGCAAGCUGCUGCGCAACUACACGCAGAACAUCGACACGCUGGAGCGAGUGGCGGGCAUCCAGAGGGUAAUCGAAUGCCAUGGCUCCUUCUCGACCGCUUCGUGCACCAAGUGCCGGUUCAAGUGCAACGCCGACGCUCUGCGGGCGGACAUCUUCGCCCAGCGCAUACCGGUCUGUCCCCAGUGCCAGCCGAACAAGGAGCAGAGCGUGGAUGCCUCGGUGGCGGUCACCGAGGAGGAGCUGCGCCAGCUCGUCGAGAACGGCAUCAUGAAGCCGGACAUUGUUUUCUUCGGAGAAGGUCUUCCGGACGAGUACCACACUGUCAUGGCCACCGACAAGGACGUGUGCGACCUACUCAUAGUGAUCGGCUCUUCGCUGAAGGUUCGGCCCGUGGCCCAUAUCCCCAGUAGCAUUCCGGCGAAUGUGCCGCAGAUAUUAAUCAACCGGGAGCAGCUGCACCACCUGAAGUUCGACGUGGAGCUGCUGGGCGACUCCGACGUGAUCAUCAACCAGAUCUGUCACCGUCUCUCCGAAGACACUGAGGACUGCUGGCGGAAGCUGUGCUGCGACGAGACAGUGCUCGAGGAGAGCAAGGAGCUGAUGCCGACGGAGCACUAUCACAACUACCAUCACCACCACUACCGACACUGCAGCUCGGAGAGCGAAAGUAAACUCCAGAUAGACACUGACACCCAGUCGGUGAAAUCGAAUGGUUCCACAGAUUAUAUUCUGGGCUCGGCCGGCACCUGCUCCGACUCCGGGUUUGAAUCUUCCAUAUUUUCGAGGGGAAAGCGUUCCAGCGCCGCCGAAGCGGCCGCCAUCGAGAGAAUCAAAACCGAUAUACUGGUGGAGUUGAACGAAACAUCGGCCCUUUGCUGCGACCGGUUGGCAGGAGGAGCGCAGCAGCAGACCACGGUGGAAAGCUAUCGACAUCUGUCUAUCGACUCCUCCAAAGACAGCGGCAUCGAGCAGUGCGACAACGAGGCUACCUCCAGCUACGUGCGGCCCAGCAAUCUCGUCCAGGAAACCAAGAGAGUGGCGCCCAGCUUAACGCCCACGCCUCAGCAGCGGGGCAAACGACAGACCGCCGCGGAGCGCCUGCAGCCGGGCACCUUCUACUCGCACACCAACAACUACUCGUACGUUUUCCCGGGGGCUCAGGUGUUCUGGGACAACGACUACAGCGACGACGACGAGGAGGAUGAGGACGAGGCGAGGGCCAUGAAAACACACCAAGACCUGUUCGGGAAUAUGGUACCGAACUACGACGAUGAUGAUGAUGAGGCGGAGGAGGCUUGCGAUCUGAAUGCCGUACCCUUGUCGCCGCUGCUGCCGCCCUCGUUGGAAGCCCAUAUAGUCACCGAGAUAACCAGUGGAAAUAAUCCAGAAAUCGCGGCCUCCUGCAGCAGUAGUCCGGGCCAGAAGCGUUCCAGCUGCAUUCCUGCAUCUGCAAUAGAAAUGGAAACGGGUAGUCCACCACCCCAGAAGAAGAGGCGGCCCAGCGAGGAUCGGUCGGAGGAGAGUCCGCCGCCGGCUGCACAGUUGGAAGCUGUGUAAAUGUUAUGUAGCCCUGCUAGAACUUUAGUAUUUAUUUUAAAUUCAAUUUAAACUACAAAAAAAAAAAGAGAAACUAACGCGAAGCAUAAAGACGGUACGGUACUGAACUCGGAUAGGAAAUGUCAGUUAAUGUCAGAUUCCAAUUUAGCUUUGAAUGGAAAUCUUUUAAAAACUCAAAUUCAAACAGAAAACGUUCAGUUCACUCCUGAUUUUGGCGUUAUUUGAUAGAAAGAACUCUGUAAAUGUUAGUAUUUUAUUAUAUUAAGUUGUUAUUGAGGCCUUUUUAGAUAAAAACUUGCACAGUUAAGAUGAGAGAGAUUGGAAAA